AUGAUGCUGUUACAACAAUCACUGAGUCAUAGAGUAGAGCAUUCACCCAGUUACGCACCUAAAAAUAAGGGAAUAUCAAGACUAGGAGGUCUUGGAGGAACAACUUACAAAGGACUGGAAGGUGUUGACCUUACUAGUGCUACUGUAUGUCAGAGAGAACCAACUAUUAACAGACUGCUUGAAUGUCUGUUUAAUGAACACAUUAUUCUAAUUAGAUCACCAUCAAUGACAGGAAAAACAUCCCUUGGACAACUACUUGGGGCCAAGUUGCUCCAAUUAGAUGAAGUGCAGAAUGGAUCAGCUUGUGUUUUUCGUAUUUCAUUGAUCUGGAUGGAAAACUUGAUUGAUCCUUCAUGGACAUUUGUGGAUGGAUUUCAAAUGCUUAUGAAUAUAACAUGGAAUGAGUUUCUCCAGCAAUGUGGAGAACCUUGUCAUUGUGGAAGUGCAUUUUGGAAUGCAUUUAAGCGCAUAAUGCAAAACUUGCAGCUUUCCAUUGUAGCAUUGGCCCCAUAUGGUCACUAUGGUGCUUAUGCUACUCGUGAAAAACAUAUUUGCUAUACCAAAGAAGAAUUUAGAGUUUAUUUUGAUCGAUUUUGUGAAGAACAUCUUAAAGAAAAAUUGGUAAAAGAUGACAUUCCAUAUCUUUUUAACUAUUUGUCCAAAAUAACAGUUUACCAUCCAGGUCUAAUUGUUUACACUAUGGAUCACAUUGGUGAAAGAUUUACCAAAAAAGACAGUAAUUCUUUAUCUUUUGAUAUACUUUUUUCUUAUCUAAAAUCUCAUGAUUUUAAUGAUCUCCUCAAGACUAUCCAUGCAUUUUAUCCAGCUUCUGAUCUUUCAUAUGAAGAAAGAAGAAUUGUUGAUGCUGUACUCUUCAAAAAAGGGGGUCUUGAUUAUGAAGCAGAGAAAAUUCCAAAUGAUGGUCGACUUCUUAAGACCAAUGCACUUGUUGAUACAAGUUCAAACAAAUCACAUAUUGCACUGCUUGAUUUUCCAGCACCAUUGCACUGA